AUGUCUGCCUUGUUGUCGGAAAGUGGCACUCUGCGAAGCCAAAGUCGGUUCCUGCUGAGCAUGCCUUGGGAAAAUGGCCGACUCGUUGCGGAGAAAGAGUUAAAGCAGCUGUUGGCGGAUGUCGGCAGUAUGGAGCCAUUCAUCUCGGCUCUUGAGGAUACAGAGCAAAUCCUUCUUACUGCCAAAAAGCUCACACCAAAGUUGAAAGCUCUGAAGCGGUGCCUAUUGGUCGGGAAAGAAGAAGAGCAAAUUGGCCGCAUGGGACGUACUAUAACCUUGCAAGCUGCUAAAGCGCAUUUUCCAGCUCUAGAAAGACAGGGCCUAUUUCUCAAUUUGAUGCUGCAGUACAUGAUUCUGGACAAAAUGGUUAGCGCUGCCAGCGACGGCGAAUCCAGCGAAGUUCCCAAGCACCGCCGCCGCCCUAUUUUCACGCACAAACUCAGAGGAUGGGCACCGCUGCACGAUUGGGUCAGACUACUUCAUCAAUUCAAAAAAAGGUAUCAGCAGACGCUCGCCCAAUCCGAGCCGCCAAGCUCGCCCAGCAGGACGCUCGUCGAACUUAGCUUGCUGCAGUCGCUGUCCACCAACAUAUCGAAGGCAAGUGUCCAUGCCUCAGUUGCGAAUGUUGAGGCUGCUGCGUUGUGCCUUCGAAUGGUUUGGCAUGGCUACUUCCAUGUCGUUAAUGGCUCAAAUCAAGGCGGCGAUCCCACGAGCCAAAACCAUGAAGAAGAUAGAGACAUUAUGAACUUUUUGAGGCCGCGACUCCUUGAUAUUAGCAAAAACGAGAUGGACGUCAUUGGCGCCGUUUUCAAAGAAGCGCCUUCACUGCUCUUCUGCCUUGAUAUAUGUACUUUUGUAUCCCCAGUAGCGUUGCUGACGACAAAAGCGUGGUAUAACACUGGCAGCAUCAAAAGGCUUACCUUAUUUCUGACCGGAAAGGCCCUAGGAAAUCAAAAACCGCCUGCGCUGCUUCAAGUGGAGAAGCUGCUUUGGAAGGCGCUCGUGGCUGUCGCCGAAGGUAAAACAACAGCUUGGGCCGCCCUCGGCCAAUUCAUAUCUGCAGCGCCUUGGGAUGUUGUAGAGCAAGCUACUUGUGAAGUUCGCAACUGGUUCGCUCCAGCCUCAGACCCUGCAGGCGAUGCACAGGCAGACGAUAAUUUAUAUUGCAUUGACCUUGAAGGCCCUAUUCCCGAAGGGUGGCCUCUAGAAAUCUUGCCGCCCGCCAUUUCCUCUGAAGGCGAAGCCCCUUCAACUAAUGCGAUGAAAUCAAACGCUGCCGCACCAGGCUCGCCUGCUGCUCUUAAAGACAAUCCGGCGUUAGCCACUCCAAGCGACAAUGGGCCACUUUUCCCUGAACUUGAACAACCUAUGCCCAAUCAGUCUGGUGCUUUACCAGAAGGCAGAGAAUCAGAAUCCGGGUGCCCGGCAUUUCAAAUCAUGCAGAAAACAAAUGUUAGCGAGACCCCCGCCAAAGCAGGCAUGGACGUUGAUGGGGAUAGCUCAAGCGAAACAGAGGCUUUGGCAGCAAAUAUUGCAGCUGCAUUGAAUAGUUCUUUCCUAAUGGCAGCAGGUUCUUCCGCUUCUGCCUUGGGCGCCAAUGCCGGCUCACCAGCGGCUCUGGCUGGGCUAGGCCAAAACCAGCUGGCUGAAGGGAGUGCGUGCCCUCUUGCGGGCAUGGGCACCAUUGGUUCAGAUGAAAAUCAGGACCUCUUUCCUCAAAGGGCGUCCAACACAAGAAAUGGAGGAGGCACAUCCCCUAACAUUGAAAAUCAUGCGCAAUCAGCAGGCGAGGCUAUUCAAACCGAUUUGAAAAAUCCAGAAGAAAGUGACCUAACCGAUCUUGGCUCCGAUUCAAGCGAUCAUUUAUCAUCCAGCGAGGAGGAUUCAGACUCAAAUACAAACUCGGAUUCGGGCGGUGAGGUGCUUGAAGGAGAAAACUUGCAGCGAAAACCUCUUGAUGGCAACAAAUUCCACGCCAAUUCCAAAAGUCGGCUGAAUCCAGGCUCCCUGAUGCGCAGAUCAAGACCCCCGCGGAGAACAAGAGGAAAAAACCCAGCUGAUGCGCCGCGCCCAGAUAGCUUCGGGUUUCCCCCCGCACCUCUUUGCUCACCGUCGUAUUCUGGCAAAAGGAAGUUCACUCACGAUGAGGAUCCUUGCACAAACAUUGAAAGUCCCUCAGGAUCCAUUGACCUAGAUGCUGCCAUGGCGCUGCCCCCGGCAAGCACAUUGAACUUAAAACAUAUUCGAAGUGUGGGUCAGAAAGAUCAUUAUGUAUUGCUGCUCAUCCACUCCCUUUCAGAAAUGUGCUGGUGCAAAAGAUUAACGUUUGUAUGGCUGCAGCAAGGACGACUUUCUCACAUAUACGCCAGAAUUCCAUAUGAUGCUGAGGCCCUCAGACUCUUUGCAACAAAAAACAUUGUAACCACUGGCCAUCCUGUUCGAAAUCCCCAUUGGAAUGAGGAUUCGCUAUCUAGACUUGCGCACAUGGACGCAGUCAUCGAUAUACAAGACCAAAGUAUCAAGGCCAAAAACGGCGAUUAUAGCCUGCGCAUUCGGCAAGGAACAUUGAAACAGGUCUUUGCCAAAGGUUCUGCAGGUCCAAACGACAAUGGGCGCAUUCUGAAUGCUUUGGACUUUCCCUUGCCCACAAGCGAUCUUUCGCCAGAUGCCCUGUCUACAGACCUUCAUGCAUGGAUUGCGACAGAGCGCCUCCCUUUCUGCAAUGCACACGCAGCACCGCUACCAUCUCGCGACCUUCGUUGGGGUUUGGUUGCCACCCACGGCGCUUUACACUAUGGCCACAUUGACUCCGAUGGCUUUGGCACCUUCAUCAACGUACUUGUAGGCGCAAAAUAUUGGUUUGUCGCCCGGCCCAAGAAAGACGACCAUUUCCGGCAAACAGGGUACAUCUAUCUAUAUUCCUUCGACAACUGGUGCAUGGAGCAGCCCAACCUGGAGAUGUGGCAUAUUGAAGCGAUAUUGCUAACGCCUGGAAUGCAACUGCGCAUGCGGCCUCAAACGCCACACUGGGUCGCGACUCCUAAGCCGUCCAUCUGCAGGGGCGGCCACUUUUAUUGCAUGAGUACGCUGACUGAGUCGGUCAUUGGUCUAUACCGCACUUGGGCACUAGGAGGGCUAAUCACAAAUACAAACCACGAUCCAUCCCGACUACUAUUAAUUCGCAUUAUGUAUCUUUGGCACCGACACUUUGUUCUUCAUCAAGAGGCAAGCAAUUUCCUGCUCCAACAUAUUCCGAAUCUAGAAUCUUUUCAAGACAUUUUAACUAUCUUCACUCUGGCAAACGCGAUGGAAUUACUAAAUGUCGUCGAUUACCAGACUUACAGAGUUGAAACGAACCUCUCCAGUGAAGAUUCGGACUUGCCAGCUAGCCCAGGCCUCUCUCUGUUUUUGCGCUUGCAAUAUAAUGAUGCCCGCGCAAAAAGUCGCGAACUUCUUCACUACUUUUUUUCGAACUUUGAAGUCGUCGAUGACUCCGGACUUUCCAUCGAUGGCCCCAACGACUUAUACUAUCAUUUCUUCGCCCAGCAACUUGCUGCCUUGCUCAACAUGAAGCUUCAAGGUUUCGAUGAAAAAGUCAGAGGCGCUCCUGACUGCACUCCCACCAAAUUUAGGAGGGAAGUCCAGAUGGUCCUCUCAAAUUUGCCGCUGUUGGUGGCUGCUGCACAAAAAAUCGAACCUGUAGCUAGCAUGGUUGAUAACUUCCUCUGGGAUGGCGAUGAAUACUCAAUCCGCCGCCGUUCCAGCCAAAUUCAAUGCAAUGCUUUUGAUUUGGUCAGAGAAUUUAGCGCAGACCGACCUCCAUUAGCCAAGCGGGCCCGCACAGCUGAGAGAAUUCAGCACCAGAAGACAGGCCUCCCUCGGGCGAAAUCAAAAAAUGUUACUUAUGCGGACACUUACUUUAACUCCAUGGAGUACUAA